AUCUCUCUAGAUUCACGGCGGCGAUAGGCGGCGAUAUACACAUCUUACAGGGGAUUCAAUUGGGAUACUGAUUUCGGCGUUUGUAUACUGAUUUCGGCUACACAUGGCUUUGUCUGACUCAUCUCGUGUUGGAUUUGAACCUACGGCAUCUGAUGAUCAUCAUACAACAUUGUCUGCAUACAAUCCACAUCCCGAUUCUGGUUUUUUUGGCCCAUCUGAUGUCAAUUUCAAUCCUAUUUCUGCCGUGGGUCCAUCUGAUGUUGAUGUCAAUACCUUACCUGCAGUUAAUCCAAAUGAAAGUUGCAAUCCUGUGUUUACAACAGUUGCAAAUCGACACACCUUUCAUGGGUUUGAAAUACAGACGUUUGAUUCCAUGUUUACACCAGGCAACGUAGGCUCUGAGACUGCUAAUUUACCUGAUCAAUCAUUAUCAGUUGACACUGCAUCUACUGUUUCUCGAGGAUUUUAUCAAUGGGACGGAAGUUUCAUCUCUUUUGGACUGCAUUCGUCUGACAGCAGGACCUUUGCAUGCUCUUGA